UCAGCAAAGAGCAGGGAGAACAGAAAAGAAAGAGGCUGUGGAAGGAGAGGCGUCCGUCUCAAAGGUCAGAUCAGGAUGUUUGUUCUCAUCUGGGUGACUCUGCUCUGCUCAGUGACAGGCAGCAGCGCUGACACAGAUGCAGGGAUGACCACACCAGUCUGUCUAUAUGGAUUCUGUAUUUCUCUCGGUAGAGGAGAAAUAAAAGCAGAGGCUGGACUCUGUACUGUCAUUCACUGCUCUUUCACUACUGCUUUUAGCCCUAUUGCAAGUGCAGUUUGGCAUAAAUGUGAUGAGUCUAAAAUAAAAUGUGAUUAUUCUGACAUCAUCUUUCACUCCCGGAACCAAAACGAAAUUCAGCCAGGCUUCAGAGGUCGAGUAUCACUGUUGGAACCUAACCUCUAUCGGGGAAACUGCAGCAUCGUCAUCAAUGACCUGGACCAGUCUGAUUCUGGAUCAUAUCAAUUCAAAGUGACUGGUUGGCUUAACCAGCGGUAUGAAAGGUUCACAUUUAGUACCAGAGCGUCUGUCUCUGUUAAAGCCCUGACCCAGAAGCCCACAGUGGAGGUUCCUGCUCUGACUGAGGGACAACAGACCACACUGACCUGCACCGCUCCUGGUCUCUGCUCUGGAUCUGAUCCAAUCAUCACCUGGACAUGGAGACGAUCUGCAGAGGAUGACUCUUACAUCACAGGAAACAUCACCACCACUCAUGGACGCAACUCCUCUUUGACCUUUACCCCUUCAGCCAAACACCACAGCACUGAGGUCACCUGUAAGGUCAACUUCAGAGGCAACAAGAGCACACAGGAGACGGUGACGCUGAAUGUGACCUAUGUGAAGGAAAUGAAAAUGACUGAGAAUAUAAGUGUAAAGGAAAGGGACACUCUGAAUCUGACAUGCAGCAUCGACAGUUUCCCUCCAGCACUUGUCAUGUGGCAAAAACCAUUUGGCAAAAACGUGCAAAAUGUAAUAGAAGUCAAUCUCCAGAACGACACUGAGCUACUGAACAGGACUGAAACUACCAUCCAGGUGGACACAGGAUCAGCCACUGUUAUCAUUUAUAAUGUGACAGCAGAACAUUCUGGACAGUACAUCUGUACAGUAGAAUACAUCAACAACACUCUGAUGGGAAAAGUGGAUGUUAAAGUGAUAUACAUGAGGGAACCUGUAAUAACUGGAGACAGAAGAGUGAAGAGGGGUGAUGUUCUGAAUCUGACCUGCAGUUUUGACAGUUUUCCUCCAUCCGUCAUCAUUUGGGCUAAACUUGGUCCCAGUGGAACCAACACAAACCUGCAGAAUGACACUGGAUCAGCCACACUUGUUAUCCAUGAUAUGACAGCAGAUGAUUCUGGACAGUACAUGUGUACAGGACAAUACCAGGGCAAGACUUCUACAGCAUAUGUCGACAUAACUGUGUUUCUUCUCCCAGAGAUCCAAAAGAGUUCUGGUUGUGUAAGUCGGUCUGAGGUCCUGACCUGUGUGUGUGUCAGUGAGGGGCUUCCUUUACCCACCAUUACAUGGCCUCUGUUGGACAAACACACUGAAUACUCAGGCACUUACACUGUGUCAAAGUACACAAUCAACCGCACCAUCACUGUAAAAGUGAAAGAGCUCAGCAGCACAGAUGUCCAGUGUGUCAGCACCAAUGAAUACGGAGAAGCAGUGGAGAACCUCAUCAUCAGAACAUCAGAGAAAAGUUUUGCGCAGGAGAAUGGAGGCUUUUCAGCGAUUCUUUUGACCAUCACUGUUGUUUCUCUAAUUGUGAACAUCCUUGUCAUCAUCUGCCUCUUAUUCCUUUGGAUCUCAAGAAAAAAGCUGAAGCAAAAUCAAGAAGACCAAACUUAUGUGUCUCUGAGAAAAAGAGACAUUUCACCUGAUUAUGAUGUUAUUGCCCAACGAGUGUCAGCUUCUGUGGACUGAAGAGGUUUGACUCUGUCCUGACUCCGGCCCCCACCCUCUCAUGUCCCUCCUCUCACCCCUCCAGAACACCAGCCCCCCUCUGCUGAUCCCACCAUCACCUCUGCCCCUCACACAACUGUCUACGCCCCCAUCAUUGGCUGUGUGUCUGAAGGGAACAAACAGGGGGUCAUCACAGACUUCUUAGACUGGUGUGGGCAGAACCAGCUGUUCCUGAACACCAGCAAAACCAAAAAGAUUGUGAUUGACUUCCGCAGGUCCCCCCCACAACACACAGGUGAACAUCCGGGGCUUGGACAUUGGGAUAGUGGACUCUAUUAAGUAUCUGGGUGUUCACCUCAACAGUAAGCUGGACUGGACUGACAACACAGACCCCCUGUUAAAGAAGGACCAGAGUCACCUCCACCUCCUGAGGAGACUGAGGUUCUUCAGAGUGGGUGGGGCUUUUAUGAUACUGUGGUGGCCUCUGCAGUUCUAUUUGGUUUCAUGUGCUGGGGAGUGGGCAGUAUGGACAGAGACAGGAAGAGACUGAAGAAACCGGUUCAGAGAGCCGGCUCUGUCCUAGGCUGUUUGCUGGACUCCAUCGAGGAGGUGGUGGACAGAAGGGUGUCGGCCAAGCUAACAUCCAUCAUGGACAACCCCUGCACCACACUGAGGCCCUGAGCAGCUCCUUCAGCACCAGACUUUUACAGCCCCAGUUCAAGAAGGAGCACAGCCAUCAGACUACAUAACAGUUCGGACUCUAUCCAUGCAUACCUCAUUCAGUCUCCUCCAACACCCCCCCCGCUCUUACAGAACAGCCCAAGUUCAUACCUAUCUGGCUAACGUUACAUUUCGUAGUGAUUUAUGUUAGUAAUUAAACAGUUUGCCACUGAAUUUUCCAUGCUAAUAUAGCUAAUGUAGCCACGCUCUGGCUCUUGCUUCGUUUCUUGUACAAGUGCUCCAAGCCUCUGAGAACGCACGAUUCAUGCAUGAAGAGGGGUACAUGCAGAGGGGGGAGGGACAAAUGGGAGUUGAGCUUGAUAGACAUAUCACCG